AUGGGGUGGUGCCAAGACGGCGGCAUUUGGGUUAUGAUGACGAUAAUGGCAAUCAUAUCUUCUGUUCGAGCUGAAGAUCCCAAACGUUUUUUCAACUGGACAGUCACUUACGGCAAGAAUUCUCCAAUUGGCCAUCCUCAAAGGGUAAUCCUAAUAAACGGACAAUUUCCUGGACCGGAGAUUCACUCAGUCACCAAUGAUAAUUUGAUCAUCAAUGUGCAUAAUGGUCUCGACGAGCCCUUUCUUUUGUCUUGGAACGGAGUGAAACUGAUGAAGAAUUCUUACCAAGAUGGACUGUAUGGAACGACUUGUCCAAUCCCACCGGGUAAGAGUUAUACUUAUGCCCUCCAUGUCAAAGACCAGAUUGGUAGUUUCUUCUACUUCCCUUCGCUCGCUGUUCAAAAGGCCUCUGGUGGUUUUGGCGCCUUCCGUAUCCUCAACCGCCCUCGCAUUCCCCUCCCUUUCCCUCAGCCCACCGGAGACUUGACCUUCCUCAUAGGCGAUUGGUACUCUCAGCAUGACCACAAG